CUAAUUUCUGUGUGAAGUAGGUCCUAGUAGCCCAGAAUGAAGACCAAGCAAGAGAAGGAGGACCUUGUAUCGGGUACAUUCACAUGGAAAAUCAACGACUUCUCCAAGCUCAAGGACGACAAGCUUUACUCUCAGGAUUUCAUCAUUGCCGGUCUUAAAUGGCGGAUUAUUAUAAAUCCAAAGGGGAAUGAGGUAAAUCUCGUCAAGCACUUGUCAAUUUAUCUGGGUGUUGAUGUCACUUCAAAAUGGCCAUCUGGGUGGUCUAAGUAUGCCUACUUCAGCUUGACAGUCGUUAAUCAAUUUGACGGCAAGAAGUCAGUGUCGGUGCCUAUGACCGGAACUGUCCGACAGGAGUUCAACAAAGACCAGAAUGAGUGGGGCGUUAAACCAUUCAUGCGUCUCAGUGAUCUUUAUGAUCACAGUGCAGGUUAUCUUGUGAAUGAUAUAUGCAUUAUUCAAGCCAAGGUUGAUGUGCCAGUUAUGUUUGAUGUGCCAAGUAUGGUUGAUGUGCCAAUUAAGAUUGAGAGUCAAGGAGACGAUCUUUAUGCAAUUAGGGAGUCCUUGGAGAUACUGCAGGAACCUUCAAAUGUGAAUUCUGUCCAAUAUCCAGCCUCUUCAGCAGCGCCUGAGGCACCACGCUCUGAAAUGUUGCCUAUCUUCCAAGGUACAUUAGCACUAGGUUCUGAACAAGUUGGCCUCAAACUUAAUCAUGGUAGAUGUGCUGUACCUUCUCUAGUCAAGGAACAUGGAGAAGUCCUCACCAUCCCUACGGGAGAGCUUAUAAAUUUUAGGGGACUUGGACUAAUAGAGAAAGCUUUUGUUCCCCUAUUAGAGGAAGUCUGUUUGUGGUACCCUUCAUUGAUUGAGAGCCAACACAACAAAAGUCGAAUGUUUACUGAAUGUGCAUUCACAGCUUUGGGUCGGCUCCUGCAUUUUCUGCAGACAACAAAGGUCAAGGAUAUGACCGAAGAUGCCUGUGGUCAGCUUCGACUUUUCUGGGAGGAGCUUGAAACCUUCAAAUUUGGCUUGGCUUGGCUGGAGCCUCAGGUGCAGUCUGCUUUUGACAAGAAGAAGUUUGUGGAAAGGGCAGGGAGAGUGAAAAGACUGAAGGAGGAUGUGGAAUGCUUGCAGAAUGAAACGAAGAGGCGGAAGGCUAUGCUGACUGUUACUGAGUUAGAUCUUCAGCUAGCAAAGAGAGACUUGGCAAAGGCGGAAGAAGGUUUCAAUGAGAUUGAAAUGGAUUGUAAGCUUGGUUAUGGGAGGUGUUAGCCUUACUGUACAAUUUUGUUUUUGGAUGCGUAUCAGCUGCAGGAUAGUUAUGUGCAGUAUAGAAGUUUAAAGUUUGUACAACUAGGACUUACGCAGGACAGGUAUUGGAAAGCUUCUCGUGGUAUGGGCAUUAUCUCCUUCCAGAUUGAUAUUUCUACAUGCAGGAUUCAACACUUCAAAGAUUUGUUUCAAUUUAUGCUUUCGUAUAUUUGUGGUCCUGUAUUGGGCUAUCUUGCCUUUUCUUUUGUUGGAGUCCAAGUCUGUGACACUGCGGAAGUAAUUUAAACUGUUCAAUAGGAAGACUUGCAAUACAGCGAUGCAUUCUGCCUCUACUAUAUCACUUGUGCAUGGGAUUUUUUCUUCUGUGAGUCUGUCAGCACCAACAUAACAUACUUUUUAUGACAUUUAUGUUUUUACAUUUGUGAGUCUUUCGUUCCUUACAUAUAUCAGCGAAUUUUCAU